GAGGGAGCGGGGGUGUGGCACAUUUGUAAACAAUUAAUCAGGGAGAAAAUAUGAAUCCGGUGCCAUAAUCUCUUCGAAAACCACUUAAAGUCAAUCUGCAUAGAACGAGUUUACGUUACAGCAACAUUUCAACUGGUUUGGGCAACAUUUUAUGAGGAGAUUAGCUGUCAAACUUUACUUUUAAAGUGACAGAAUUCCGAAUCAUUUGCGAGUUGAACUCUGGUUGAUGAAUUCCAUUCGAGCUGCACUUUCAUACAAGACAGCAAUCAGACAAACUCAUUUACCUCCCUGGAACUUUGCAGUUGGUAUUGGAGUGGCUAAUCACUGAAGUGGAAGAACAGGGAUGAAUACUUUCUCCUGUGUUUUCCUGCCUGGAUGACAGACUCCCCAUAGAGUUGCUGAUUCGCUCCAUCACAUCCCUUUAGUGUCCAGCUGGUCUUGCCAUCACACCUCACAGCUUCUCAAACAGCUGGGAACACACUCUGACAACAAUUGUCACCCACUCAUCUAGUGGCAAACACACUUUCACUGUUCUGCCUUGUAGUGGCAGUACACCAAUACUAGCCCAAAGCCAGGGUACUCCCACGCCUUCGCACACACACCCUCUCUUUCUCACACACACAUUAUGGCGAGCGAGUUGCCGUACGGCUGCUUCACCCACGCCGUGGUGCGGGGCAUCCCAGAGACCUUUGGGAAGGUCGAUAAUGAGGAAACCACGACGGACCUGGCUAAGGCACAGCGUCAGUUUGGGGUGCUGACGGGGGCGCUGAGACAGAAGGUGGGGCUGCAGCUCAUAGAGAUCCCUGCAGACCCGGAGCUACCAGAGAGUUGGAGGAUAGAGGAUAUAGCUGUGAUACAGGGAGACACGGUACUCAUCACCAGGCCAUUCAAACAGCAGAGACGCAGAGAGGCUGAAGCGGUGAGGAGGGUGAUGUCGGAGCUGAACCUGACAGUGGUGGAGUUUGGGGCAGAGGAGGGAGGCUCCGUGGGGGCCACGCUGGAGAGCAGCGACGUGCUCUUCACUGGCAGGGAGUUCUUUGUGGGCAUCUCCUCCCACACCAACCACAAAGGAGCUGAGGUGCUGGCCGACACUUUCAGAGACUUUACUGUGUCCACGGUGCCAGUGUGUGAGGGAACUCGUCUAAAGGACAUAUGCUCUAUGGGUGGUCCUGAUACUAUCAUCAUCAGCAACAGUGAUGGGGCCAAGAAGACCCUCCGGAUGAUGGAGCAGCUGACUGAUCACCACUACGAAGUGCUCACGGUCCCGGAUGCCACAGCAGCUAACUGUGUCUAUGURAGGGGCCCCUCCAAAGUGGACUACCUGCUUCACCCGCCCACUGAGGAGUGCCUUGACAGUGUCCCUGCRUUCCAGAAGCUGACAGACUACACCCUCCUCCCUACAGCGUGCAGCGAGGCCUCCAAGCUCGGCGGCCAUCUAUCUUCAUUCUGCCUACUUAUCAAUAGGAAGCCACACUUCUGAAUGCCCUUCUCCCAUAGUAAACACAUAGGCCUUCAUUGGCUAUAGGAAAAUACAAAUGUGAACAAAGAAAAUGGCCAACUGUUGGGCCAGGGGCUAAAGGGAAAAGUCUAAACUGUAUCCUUGGGACAUCCCAACUCUGACYUCACCCCAUUUUGAAGUUGACAUUUUAAAACUGUUACGGUAAGGGUUAAGGUUAGAGGUAUGGUUAAGGAUAGGUAAAUUGUAUGGUUUAGGGUAGGUAGGGACGUCUCAAGGAUCCCGGAUAGCACUAACUGGGGCUAAAGAGGGUUCAAUGUGCAUAUUCUGCACAACUGCMCUCCCUUCUGUGGAAAGAGUGCAGUGUGGCUUGAGGAACUUUAAUAGGCUCUAGAUUUGAAAUGUAGGUGUACUGUAUACGGAACCGGCUCUACAGAGAUGCUCUCUGGAGACAAAAGCAUAGCCACCUCAGUUUUAUGUCCCUAUAUUAUAUAACAAGACUUGCUGCGAUUAUCCAAAAUGUCUGAUCCAUCCUCCGAACCACACUCUCUGCGCUCAAGAGUAAGUAGGCUGUUACGUUGCGGCCAUAGAAAUAUAAUYCAUAGAAGGGACUUGCCACCUCUAACCCUGUCAAUUUUACUGGUGAACACAUGGGUACACUCUCAGUGGCUGCCAGUCCUGACUUAAAUGGGCACGUCCGUUGUAUAGAUUCUGUCUAUGGUUGUAUAGGCCUUUUGAAAAWUUCAAAAUACAAUCAUGGGGAAAAAAUAGUUUAAAGUAAAUUACCAGUGGCAACCUGUCAUUCAGGGCAGGUAGGGCAGAGCACUUUUGUUGUUGCAUGUUAUCAGUUUGCAAACAAUGUAAAAAAUAAAAAAAAAUACAAAAAUUGUUAAUAAAGCUGCAUA